UUUUAUUUGUAUAUUUUACUUGUGGGAUUGUUUUUUGAAGCUAUUUGCUUUAUAUCUUGAAAAUUUUUAUAUCAGUCUACAUCAAAUGAUGAAACUGUGCUCAUCUUGCAGAAGCUCUAAACUGCUAAAUAUUGUAAUUGAUCAACGUCUUAGAAUUGACACCUGUCGAUAUCUAAUCGAGAUUCUAUCGCGACGCAUAACGGGUGAAUAAAUCCCCUCCAACAAAAAAAAACGACAAAAAUUAAUAAAAUAAUUAUUGUGAAGUGUAAAGGUUCUGGAAAGAAAAGAAUUUAUUUUGUGACCAAAACAAAACAAAUAAAAAAAAGUGAAACAACAAAAGAAAUUCCUUAAAAGGAAGUAGAUUAUUCAAAUUCAACGGAAUUCUUUUGUUUUAACCAACAAA